AUUAAUUUGAUAUUUGGAUGUAAAAGUAAUUCAAAAAUACAAUAAAGAAUUUGUACAAGUAAAUCACAUUACUAUGACUCUUUCAUUGUUCAUCGAGCUGUUUGGCAGCCAAGUUAUGAUAUCCUCAAUAUUGUAGAGCAAAACAUCGAAAAAUUAAUGGUGGAUAGCCAAUCAACCGGCCUGAAAGUAGUAAAUGAGGACUCAUUCAGGGAUGAGGAUGUCAAAAGUGGAGCAAAAUGGAAAACCUCAGGCCGCGUUCUAACUAUUUUUCAAGAUUGAGCUCGGUUAAUGAUAUGAAAGUUAAAUAUCUAUCUUUCUUUCUUCUCCAGACAGUAUUUUUCAGUGAUUCAGCACAGGAGACAGUUUUGAAUAUUAGACAAGAAGAGGUAUCUGAUUGGAUCGUAGCAUCUACGCACUCUACGAGGAGGUAGGGCAAGGAACGAGUGUCUGCGUUCAUUGCUCUCUUUGUAUCCUCUGAAUGAAAUUGCAUUGUCAAAAUCCUAGACUUCGAGCGCGAUAAUUGCAAUCUGAAUGAAGUCACGUGUGCAUGAAAAAUCAACAGUCUUGAUUAAUCCAUGUUGCUGUGAAGGUUCGCAGAUGUGGCAUGUUUGGAGCUUAAAUGGCCAUGGGUGCACAUGCAAAAUUUUCAUCAGUCACAUAAACCCAUGCCAGUGAAUUUAUUCGGUCCAUCCAAUCAGUCAGUUGGGUAAAAAUAAAAUCAUAAUAGAGUUAAUCCCUUUCUCAAUGGGAAUUUGGGGGAUUAGUGCAAGGAGGAGGAAUUGGCUUGGCCUCUGCAACGUUAGUUGGAGAAUGAGUAGACAGUCAUUCAGGCAAAUUGGUCAAAGAACAUUUUCAGAUUCUUACACCGUCAAAGGUGACGAUUCUGUCUUGCCGGUGUUGAUUAUCGGUGCUGGUCCAGUUGGGCUGGUUCUCUCCAUACUUCUAACGAAACUAGGUGUAAAAUGUGCGAUCUUAGAGAAGAACAAGGCCUUUUCCACACAUCCUCAAGCACACUUCAUCAACAACCGGUCUAUGGAGGUAUUUCACAAAUUGGAUGGUCUUGGAGAUGAGAUUCUAAGGUCUCAACCACCCGUAGAGUUUUGGAGAAAGUUUAUAUACUGCACUUCACUGACGGGACCUAUUUUAGGUGCUGUUGAUCAUAUGCAGCCUCAAGAUUUUGAUCAGAUUGUGAGUCCUGUCUCUGUUGCACACUUCUCCCAGUACAAACUCUCCAGAUUGCUGCUUAAGCACCUUGAGAAACUUGGUUUCCAUAUGAUAAACUCUGAAAAGCGUGAGCAUGGUUCUAUUGGCGAGAGGGAGAUCUUUAUGGGGCAUGAGUGCAUUGCAAUCAAUGGUGCUGAGCGUGGUGUCACUGUUACAGCCUCUUUCCUUUCUGAAGGGAAGUAUAUAACGAGAGAUAUUCAGUGCCAUUUCCUUGUUGGUACAGAUGGUGCAGGAAGUAGUGUCAGAAAGUGUUUAGGAAUUAACAUGAGAGGUGAAAAGGACUUACAAAAGCUUGUUAGUGUCCACUUCCUGAGCCAAGAGUUAGGGCAGUAUCUCAUUAAAGAAAGACCCGGCAUGCUGUUUUUCAUCUUUAAUAAAGAUGCUAUUGGUGUUCUUGUUGCCCAUGAUCUCAAACAAGGGGAAUUUGUCCUGCAGGUACCAUUUUAUCCACCUCAACAGAAGCUUGAGGACUUUAGUUCUGAGAUGUGUAAGAGAUUGGUCUUCAAAUUGGUCGGCCUAGAGCUUGCAGACGUCAACGUGGUGGAUAUUAAGCCUUGGGUGAUGCAUGCUGAGGUAGCUGAGAAGUUUCUAUCUUGUAACAACAGGAUAAUACUUGCUGGUGAUGCAGCUCAUCGCUUUCCUCCUGCUGGUGGUUUUGGGAUGAAUACUGGUAUUCAAGAUUCUCAUAAUCUUGCUUGGAAAUUAGCUUGUGUAAUCAAGGGUGUCUCACCAAUAUCAAUUCUCAACUCUUAUGAACUAGAACGCAGUCAGAUAGCCCAAUUUAAUACAGCACUUAGCGUCCAAAACUUUAAAGCAGCAAUGAAAGUUCCUACUGCACUUGGUCUUGAUCCAACUGUAGCAAAUGCAGUACAUCGAGCUCUUAAUGAUACUGUUGGUUCCAUUCUGCCAUCUGUACUUCAAAGGAAAAUAUUAGAUGGAAUAUUCAGCAUAGGUCGUGCACAACUCUCAGAUUUUGUAUUGAAUGAAAAUAAUCCACUUGGAUCUGCAAGGCUAGCCAAAUUAAGACAGAUAUUUGAAGAAGGACAGAGCCUUCAGCUCCAGUUCCCUACUGAGGAUCUUGGUUUCAGGUAUCGGAAAGGAGCAUUGGUGUCUGAAGAUGAUAGUGUGUUGAAUGUGCAUGAAGCACCAACAGGACGAAGAAGGGAUUAUAUUCCUUGCUCGGAACCUGGAGCAAAGCUCCCUCAUAUGAAUGUUAAACUGCUUUCUAACUCGUCAAGCAAGGAAAUAUUCUCUACUCUGGACCUUGUAUCUGGAGAUAAGGUUGAGUUUGUCCUUAUAAUAGCACCAUUGAAGGAGUCCUACUGUCUGGCUCGAGCUGCACUAGAGGUGGCGAACAAAUUAAAAGUGCCUUUAAAGGUUUGUAUAAUGUGGCCAAGUGGAAGUAUUGGUGGAACUGGAAUAAGUGAGGCUGCAUUGACACCCUGGAAAUCUUUUGAAGAAGUUGUGGAAGUGAAGAGGUCAUCAGAUUCACCAUCCUGGUGGGACAUUUGUCAGAUGACAGACAGAGGAGCCAUAUUCGUGAGACCCGAUGAACACGUUGCUUGGCGUACAAAAUCCAGAAUUGCAGAUCCCAUCAUGACAAUGAAAAGCAUUUUCCACAUUGUUACAGGAGUGGAUUGAUUGCAUCUGAUAGCACCUUUCCAGCAACUUUUUUCCCAUUAAUGUAUGGUAAGUCUUGACAUUCCUUCUCUGAUUUACAUUGGCUAGAAAACAAGGUUGGAGUACUUUGCUUUUGAUUGGGUCGAGUUACCCAGUAUCUAUGCUUGCAGCUUCUCGUUGAAAUAAUUGAGGUGGAGCAAGUUUUCGGACAGCACAUAAAGAAGUACCUUCAUAAUAAUAAUCAACUUACUAUAAAUUGAAUAGUUUUUUGUUUAUGUUAGCAUACUAAAGAACAAGAACCAGUUAUGCUGGUUACCUCCAUUCAUUUAAGUUCUUGAAGUUAUAGUUUUGCUUACCUUUUAAAUAGCGCACUUGGAAGGAAGACUAUAGAGUUUGACAUAAAUCUGCAGUCAUAUCUUGGUCUUGAAUCAAUUUUGUCAUUUUUCCUAUGCAAUUUAUUUAUUCUGGCCUCAA